ACGAUCAAAUCACCUUAAAGUAAAUCAUACGCGUCUUCUGUAUCUCCACGCGCCUUCUUCGUUCCCGAUUCUCCCACGCGCAUCCGUGCGAUGGCGAAUCCGCCAACGUUACCGAUCUCAGAUCAUUCCGGUGGCUCCCCAUCUCAGCAACCCGCCUCCACACCGGCGUUCCGCACCUUCCUCUCUCGCCUCUCGGCCUCGAUCCGCCAAAGCCUAUCGCAGCGACGUCCGUGGCUCGAGCUCGUAGAUCGGAGCGCGAUUUCGCGGCCGGAUUCUCUCGCCGACGCGUAUUCUCGGAUCCGGAGGAACAUCCCUUACUUCAAGGUGAACUACGUGACGAUCGUCUCCCUCGUCCUCGCGCUCUCGCUCCUCUCCCAUCCCCUCUCCCUCCUCGUCCUCCUCUGCCUCUUCGGCGCGUGGAUCUUCCUCUACCUCUUCCGCCAGUCCGAUCAGCCGCUCGUUGUCCUCGGCCGCACGUUCUCGGAUCGCGAAACGCUCGCCGUUUUGGUUAUCUUGACGAUCGUCGUCGUGUUCUUGACCAGCGUCGGGUCUCUGUUGACAACUGCUCUGAUGAUCGGAUUCGGAAUCGUGUGCUUACACGGCGCGUUCAGAGCCCCGGAGGAUCUUUUCUUGGACGAGCAGGAGCCUGCCAAUAUCGGAUUGUUGUCUUUCCUCAGCGGAGCCGCUACAUCCGCCGCAGUUGCCGCCGCUUCGGCUCCUGCGUCAGCUCGUGUUUGAUUCGGCACUCUUAAGCACUCAUAUCUCAAUUUGACAAACUGAUACAUUUUUUCUAUUGAUCGUUUUAUUUUUGUUUCUCUUAAAAUCGAUAGAGGGGGAAUGUAGUUUUGAUCUUGUUGUUUAAUCAAGAUUCUGCAUUGUGAACAUGAUUCGAGUAUGUAACAGUUCUCAGCAUUACUAUUUUGACAUCGAUAUUGGCUUUGUAUGGUGUUUAGUGCAAGAAGAUGAUCGAAUCUUUUAUUUACUA